CUCUCUCUCUCUCUUUUUUUUUUUAUUCUUUCCUUUCUUUUCUGAUCUUUUAAUUCUAAAAAAAAAUAUAUAAUACAAAAAAAAAAAAAAAGAUUUCAUGUCCCAGUCCGUCAACCGAAAUCAAAAAGCCAAGUUGGCUGCUGAUUAUAACAAUCUCUUGAAAGAAUUGGCAUCACCUAAAUUAAAAUCUAUCGGAUGUUACUCACUAGGAGAAACCAUCGGCACGGGAAGCUACGGCAAAGUGAAAUUGGGCGUACAUCAACUAACCUGUCGACUUGUAGCGAUUAAAAAGAUCCACAAGAAACAUGCACCUUUGAUGGCACGCGAAAUUCAUCAUCAUCGUCAACUUUCUCAUCCCAAUAUCGUUUCCUUGUACGAAAUAUUAAGCACCGAAACAAACAUCUUUAUUGUUUCCGAACAUUGUCCCCAUGGUGAUCUAUUAGAUGCCUUGGCGCGUCAUACUCGCUUUUCCGAAUCCCACACAAGAACUUGGUUCAAACAGCUUUUGAGUGCCAUUCACUAUUGUCAUUCCUUGGGGAUCAUCCAUCGGGAUCUCAAGUUGGAAAAUAUCCUUCUCGACGCACAUGGGAACCUUAAAAUUUGUGAUUUCGGCUUUGCACGUCAAACCGAUAAAAACCAAUUCCUAAAUACAUUUUGUGGUAGUUUAGCCUAUUCAGCACCAGAGGUCAUUCAACGUCAAAAGUAUUCCGGCCCAGCAACGGAUGUCUGGUCAUUAGGUGUCAUUCUGUACACAUUGCUGGCUGGACAAUUGCCUUUUGACGAUGAUUGUGAAUCCGUAGUACAAACCAAAGUCAUUCAUUUGGACUACACCAUCCCCACUUAUUUCUCGGAUACCGUGACCCAACUCAUCCAGUCCAUCCUCGUCUACAAUCCAUCCGACCGUGCCAGCAUAACACACAUUCUCGCCCAUCCUUGGUUACACACCGACGUCACACAACCCAAACCGCGUGGACCCUCCAAAACAAAUGCAACAUAUCAUCGUACUGAAUCUUGUACUGCCACUCAUCUUGCCAAAGCAGGAUUUGAGAAAUCUGUCAUUGAUAAAAUGCAGUCCACAGAAAUGGGAAUGCUUCGUACUUUGUGGUCCAUGUUGGUGUCCACAAAGUCACACAACUUGGCUACACAACAUCAUUCUACUCUGUCGGGUUCCAUUCAAUCCUGGUUGGGCGCUGCACCACCUCUUGUACACCACCAGCAGCAGCAACAGCAACAGGGUCGUCAACAAGAAGUGCUACCAGAGGAAGAGGAAGAUGAAAUGAUUCAUACUUGUUCUACUUGCAGCUCGACAGCAGACGAUGAUUUUGACCCUAGCUCGGAGUCUUCGCCUGCUACUUCCGUGGCUGAGGAAGAUGAGGAUGACGAAAAGGAAGACCUGCAUCGAGUCACCAUGAUGAUGCCAUCGGUAUUACCUCGUUCAAGGUACCAUUUAGAUGAACAAAGAAUACAUAAUUUACGUAAUAGACUUGAGAGUAAAAUGAUUUUAGAAGAAGAUGAAGAAUAAACAAAUAUACCCACACUACACAUAUAAACUCACACUCAUAUACACCCUUUUUUUUUUUGUUAAAACUUUACCCUGCCCCAUUUUAUAUAAUAAACAGAUGAACUCUCAUUAGGAUUCCUCUAUCUCU